ACAGUGUCAGUCCUGCCACCUCUCUCUCUCUCUCUCUCUCUCUCAUGGAUUACGGAUCUAUAUAAUAAACAUGCUUGCGAAACUCUCUCGCUAGAUCUGUCUGAGCAGUGAGAAUACUAGGUGUCAGAGAGAUGACAAUGGCUCCACUCUCGUACUUGAGUUUCAGGAAGGUGCUUUUGCUGUAUCUUAUUCUUUUCCUCUUCGCUUGUUCUUGCUCUAUCCGUUUUGUCUCGUCGGAAACUUCUGCCGGCGAGUUUCGAACCGAUCAACGUUCACGGAUCAGAAGAUUGUUGGGGAAAGAUGUUGAGUUCGGCGAGGGUGGGAUUGAGGCUGUCUCUCCCAAGAAGAACCAGACAAAGCUCCUCAAACAGAUGUCUUCUUCGGCCAAGAACCAGACCAAGCUCAUCAAAUCUUCUGACGCGACCAAGGGCUCUGAGCUCAAGAAGCUCACUUCCGGCCCCAAACCCGGCAAUUCCACCAAACCCAUCAAGAAAUCGUCAGAUCUGUCCAAAUUAAGCUCGCCCAAAAACAAAACCUCGUCAAAAAGUUCCCAGCUUUCCGCUCAGAAAACCACGCCCUCUUCGGAAAAACCCGACAAAACCGAAAAACCCACGAGCAAGAAGAAAGAGAUCAAGCCCUUUUGGCUGGACGACGAGGAAGACGAUGACUUGGUCAACGAAUUCAGAGAUCUACCCACGAAGUUCCAGCGAUCACUCAUCCCGGACCUCGAACGAAUCUCCAGCACGUCCAAAAUCUACAUCACCAAGGCAAACAAGGAGAUGACGAGGAAUUUCAAACCCUUCUUCGGAACCAAAUACGCGCCCACGAUCGCAACAGCAGUCUCCUUCAUUUUCAUCUUAGUCCCUCUACUUUUAGUUUCUCUCAUCUUCAACCGGUUCAAAGCAUAUUUCUCUCUCCAGAAGAUCUUGAUCUUCGUCCAGGUCUACCUAUCAAUCUACUUCUCGAUCCUUUGCCUAUCGUCCAUCGUCACUGGCCUCGAACCGCUCAAAUUCUUCUACGCUACCUCGCGUUCUACGUACGUAUGGCUACAGAUUAUGCAGACCCUCGGCUACGCGAUGUACCUGCUGCUCCUGCUCAUGUACCUGGUCUUGGUGUUCUACACAGAAUGUGGACUGAGCCUUAGAUUAUUGGGCCUGGCCCAAUUUUUCGUGGGCUUUGCCGUUGGGCUUCAUUAUUACAUGGCGGUGUUUCAUAGGGUGGUGCUCCGACAGCCGCCGAAGACGAACUGGAAGGUUCAUGGGAUCUACGCCACGUGUUUCCUUCUGAUUUGUCUGUUCUCUAGGGCAGAGAGGAGGAAGAAGGAGUACGUGGAGGAUGGUGGAGGAGAAGGCAAGAAAAAUUGAUUUUUCUUUUUUCUUUUUUGUUCCCUUUUUCUUUCUAUAUUAAUUUCAGUAAUUUGUCAAAAUGCGGUCGAAGAACGAAUUACAUCAAUUAAUUGUAUUUAUUUACGGAUACGUUCUGAAUAAAAUCUCUCCUUAUAUAUA